AUGAUAGAUAAGGAAUUUAACAUUAAAGUAUUUGACUUUGGGUACGUAACAAAUACUUUCAAUGUGGAUGAUAGCUUUCUUGAUGGUGCUAGAGCUCCAGAGAUUCUAAAAGGUGAGAGGACCAGGACCAUGAAAUCUGAUGUUUAUUAUUUUGGUAUUCUACUGCUGGAGCUGAUGGCCAAAAGGAAGUUUAGUUUCGCUCAUGUGUGUUGUUGUGUGCAAACAUCAAUUGCAAAUGCGGUUAAGCGUGGUAAAAAAUAUUUGGUUCAUGAAUGCUUCACAGAAGUUGAUUAUCCAACUGCAUUAGCUAUCACACUUCUGGUAUUCCUCUGCACGAAUUUUGAUCCAGACAAGAGGCCCUCGAUGAAGGAUGUUAUAGACACUUUGAAUGCGAUGGGAAUGGGAGGGGUGAAACGAAAAAGAGAUGAAUACGAUGCAGAACAGUAA